AUGGACCUGCCGCCGGCGGCGGCAGGUGUCUCGCUAGGUGACUACCUUGCCUAUCAUAUCACAGACAAUGGCAAGUUUCAGACGUUGAUCGACUGCCUGCCGUCGACGAACAAGCGCGCGUUGAUUUCGCCUGACCUGGCGCGCCCGCCCUUGACGCACCGCAUGCUGAAGCAGUUUGUGGAAACUUUCACGCUCCCCACAACAGGCCGUUCGAAGCCGCUCCAAGCCAAUGACCGUAUCAUGAUGGCGUUGCCGACCGGUCCCGAAAAUGCACUGGCGCUCUUGGCAGUUGCUGCGUACUAUAACUGUGCCCCCGUCAACGCUAGCUGCACGGCUGAGGAGCUUCGCGACGAUGCGCUGCGCCUUGGUGCCCGCGCUGUUGUUGCGACGCGCGAGGCUGCCGAGCGCCUCGAGCUCGAGCAGCUCUACUACCAGCACGGCCUUGAGAUCUACUUUGUGGAUGGCCGCCCUUCGGGCCCGGCGGGUCUCUUUGAUAUUUCGACCCUCGCGCAGGAAGUGCCGGGUAGCCGCAACCAGGGCCCCCCGAGGCCCAACUCACUGCAGAACCAGUGUCUGGUGCUGCACACCUCGGGUACUUCGGGUACGAAGAAGGUCGUGCCCUACACGCUGCGCCACCUUAUUGUCGGGGCUGCUUGUGUCAUGCAGAGCUGGAACUUGCACUCGGAACAGGUGAACAUGAACAUGAUGCCCCUCUUCCACGUUGGUGGUAUCGUUCGUAACCUGUGGGCCCCCGUCAUUUCGGGCGGUUCUACGAUUCUCUGCAGUGGUUUCGAUGCGAACGCCUGGUGGACGCUCGCUAUGCAGUUGGGUGCGACGUGGUACUAUGCCGCGCCCACCAUGCACCACGCCAUUCUUGCGUCGAAGCCCGCCGAGGUGGUGCCUUCGCAGCAGCUCAAGAUCCGCAUGAUUUGUAACGCUGCCGGUGGUCUGCUGCCCUCGCUCGCCAACGAGCUCCGUGCGACGUUCAACUGUACAGUACUUCCCUCGUACGGUAUGACGGAGUGUAUGCCCAUCGCCUCGCCGCCUGUUACCUACCAGCUGGACCGCCCUGGUUGCUCUGGUAUUGCUUGUGGUCCCCACCUCAGCAUCCGUGACCCUCUUGAUAUCGAGAAGGAGCUUCCCGUCGGUAAGACGGGUAACAUUAGCGUCCGCGGUCUCCCCACCUUUGACGGUUACGAGGUCACGGUGGACGGCGUGACGCAAAUGGACACUUCGGUCUUUUCGUCCGAGGGCUGGUUCGACAGUGGUGACUGUGGUCACAUGGACCAGGACGGCUACCUGUACAUCACCGGUCGUUCGAAGGAGAUUAUCAACAAGGGUGGUGAGGUUGUGUCGCCCUUUGAGGUUGAGGAGGCCAUUAUGCAGGCUUGCAAGGACCGCGUCAAGCAGACGCUCGCUUUCUCGGUGGACCACAAGGUGCUCCAGGAGACGAUUGGUGUUGUGAUUGUCUCGCAGCCCAACCAGCCGCGCAUUGGUCUCUCGGAGCUGCAAAACUCGCUGCGCAGCCACCUGCACCCUUCCAAAUGGCCGUUUGCGAUUGUGUACAUGGAUGAUGUGCCCAAGAACCAGGCCGGUAAGCCCCUGCGUAUCAAGCUCGGCUCGCGUCUUGGCAUCGGUCCUCUCUCUGACGAUGUCCCGGCGCUGGACCGCCACUUUGAGGCCAAGACGCCGAGCAAGGAGACGCCGCUCUCGCGUCCGAUUCCCUGCUCGCGCAUCACGGUCGAUGUGCGUGCCGUUCAGCGUGCCUGCUACCGCAUUCCGGGUGUCUUGGACGCUGCCGUUGUCCAGCAGCGCGACCGUGCGCCGAUGGCCUUCAUCCAGGUCCAGGAGGACGCUGGAUUCGAUGCGGCCGACAUUGACCGUGCGCUUGGCCAGAUUCUGCACGGUUACGUGGUGCCAAACCCGCUCCACGUCUUCCGUCAGCCCCUGAUCAAGACCAACGGUCAAUACGACUUCCAGGCUAUGGAGAGCAUCGUGCGUGAGCAGAAUGCCGCGAGCAUGUCGCAAACCUCGAUUCUGGUGCGUGACAUUAUCGCCAAGCUUCUCGAUCUCGACUCGGGCUCGAUCACCGACGAGAGCGACUUCUUCCUGCUCGGUGGUAACAGUCUGCUGCUUGGUCGCCUGAUUUUCCUGAUCCGCAAGGAGACUGAUGUCAACCUCGAGGUGUCGUCGCUCUUUGUGAACUCGACCGUCUCGAGCAUGGCCGCGCUCAUUGACGAGCAGCGUGGCAUGGGCGGCGCCGAGGAGGAGCACGACUUUUACCAGCUGGACGAAAAGGGUACGGGCUUGCAGUCUUCGUACAACCUGGCGCACAACUACUCUGUUAACGACGACCCCGCUUUCUCUUCGCACGGUUACAAGGGCCGCAGCUCGACGCAUCCAUUCGUGCUCUUUGUGCAGGCGAUUCCCUUCCUCUUCUUUUACCCUCUGAAGGCCGCCUGGACUUGGACGGUGAUUAUCCACGGCCUUGCCUUCUUUGCAUUCUACAUUGAGGACUCGCCUUGGCAGCGUCUUGGUGCCCUGCUCUCGUCGAUUAUCAUCGCCCGUCUGAGCAGUCGUAUCAUUUGCCCUACCGCCGCCAUCGCCUUCAAGUGGAUUGUCAUUGGUCGUUACCGCCCCGGUCGCUACCCGAUGUGGAGCAAUUAUCACCUCCGGUGGUGGAUUGUGAACCAGUCGCUGCGUACUAGCGGUCGCGGUGUGUUUGCUAUCACGCCCUGGCUCGAGCAGAUGUACUACCGUCUGCUGGGUAUGUCGAUUGGAUCUGGUGUCAAGAUCGACUCGCAGGCCAAGAUUUACGAGCACGAUCUGAUUACGGUCCACGACCGCGCCUCGAUUGAUCGCUGCCGUAUCCGUGGUUUCUGUGUUGAGCGUGAUGGCUACUUCCGCCUCGAGCCAAUUGUCAUUGGUCGUGACUGUGUGGUGAACACCUACACCCAGAUUUCGCCGGGUGCGCGCUUGGCCGACGGUACGGUGUGGGGUCCGCAGGCUUCUUCGCACGAGGCCCCCGCGCCCGACUCGUAUGCGGCUUACAACCGCACGGCGACGCCUCAGCCGAACUUCCUGUUGAAGCUCUUCUUCGGUUACCCGCUUGUGAUUUUGGUCUUCAUCAUCUCUUACGUUCCUUGGUUUGCUGCCCUGAUUCUCCUGCUUCUGCAGCCCUUCAACUUCACGAACCAGGACAGUCUGGAGAGUGUGAUUGCUUGGUACGCGUACCCCACUCGUAUCGGUUACCAUUUCCUCGCCCGUGUUAUCCGCAAGAUUCUGCCGCCCCUUGUCAACCUUGUUUGCGGUAUUCUGAUCAAGCGCAUCCUCGGAUUCAACCGUGCUGGCUCUAUGCGCAACGCAUCGCAGAUCGCGCUCUUCCGCCGCUGGAUGACGGACCAGCUGCUGAACCAGCGCAAGCUGAACCAGGCCUUCCAGAUCAUCGGUACCCAUUACGAAAUGGUCUCGGUCGUGUACCGUGCUAUGGGUGCCCGGAUCGGCAAGCGUGUCUACUGGCCUGGUUCUGGUAUCUACUGCCCCGACCCCGAGCUGUUGGAGGUUGGCGAUGACGUCGUGUUCGGUUCGCGUUCGGAGAUCUUCACUUCGGACUCGAUCAGCUUCGACCCAGUGCGCAUUGGCCGCGGUGCCAUGAUUGCGGACCGUGUCGUGAUCCUGCCGGGUACUACGGUCGGCCGCCGCUGUGUUAUGGGCUCGGGUGCGCUGUCGCGCCGUGGUGGUAACUACGAGGAGCGCUCGGUGUGGAUGGGCCAGAAGAACGGUGAGGCGGUCAGCUUCGGCAAGUCGCAGGCCUCGGAAGAGGAUGACCUGAACGAGGACAGCACUAUCACGCCGUUCGGUCGUGCGUACUACAAGCGCCAGGCCAACUACUUUGUGAUGCCCUACCUGAUGAUUGUCGCUCUGCACGUCCUGAUUAUGGCGAUUACGGCUGCCUACUGGGCUGGUGGUUUCGCUGCCACGAUUGUCGCGAUCAACGAGAUUUUCAAGGCUUACUCGGACCGGUCCUACUGGCUCUUUGCCGACCACUGGUACCGCCCUGCCUUCAUCUACCUUGCUAUCUGCAUCUUCUUCGUCGUGAUUCUGCCUUGUCAGGCAUUGAUCUCGCUCGGAUGGGUGGUCGGUACAAAGUGGUUGAUUAUUGGACGUCGUCGCGAGGGUCGUUACAACUGGGACAUGAGCAGCUACUGUCAGCGCUGGCAGACGCAUUUGCUCAUGCAGCGCCCCGCUAUGCAAGGAUUCGGUGGUCACAUUUUCCAAAACCUGUCUGGCACUGCCUAUGUGGUGUGGUAUCUCCGUGCGCUCGGCGCUCGCAUCGGUAAGGACUGUGCUAUCUGGGCGGGCGGCAAGCCUUCGCUGCAGCUCACAGAGCCUGAUUUGGUUACGAUGGGCGACCGCGUGUCGCUGGAUGACUGCUCGGUGGUUGCUCAUAUCAACUCGCGUGGUCAAUUCAGUCUCAACCGUCUGCGCAUUGGUGAUGGUUGUGCCAUGCGCACCGGUAGCCGUCUCUUGUCGGGUGCCAGCAUGGAGCCGCAGUCCAUGCUUUUGGAGCACACCCUGGUGGCUUCGGGUGAAAUUACCGAGUCUUGGGCUGUGCUCAAAAUGCGUCGUAACCCAGAGGCGACCAAGGCGUAA